UAAAACUGCUGUUUCUAGACAUGAGAUUCAUCCUGUGUAGGUGUACGAUGAGCGACGUGACAACACAGGAAGUGCAUGCGGUAGUUAAAAGGCUUCACUUGACGUGUAGGAACCACUAUCGCAACAAUCCCACAAAGGAACCCAAAGACAAGAAGAAGAUGCACAAAUUGUGGAUUUAUGUUGUGAUAUUUUUAUUGUCUGAGGAAUGGUUUCUAACUCAAGGAACUACUGAAACUCCAACUACCUCAAAUAUCAUUGUGAACACAACAACUUCACCUGUAAAACGUUAUGUUAACAGAAAGGAAGUCUUCAAUCUUGGGAGCGAUUCAAGACUCAUCUGCAGCAACACGACUCAGACUAAGGCGAUAUUUAUUAUAUGGGAAAUUGAACUGAAACACAAAGCCUGCAAGAUCUCCUUUAGCCAUGAGGGUCAUGACGGUGACCCCUGCAAUGAUGGCAAAUCGAUACAAAACUCAACGGGUCUGUUAUUCCUGCACAUCCCAAACUUUUCAGUCAAUGAUGUUGGAACUUACAGGUGUGAAGCAGCUUACACAGGAGGAAAUGAAAAUUAUAAUAUUUCAGUGGGUGUCAUAGCUCCUCCUGCUGUAUCUGCCUGGUUAGAGCGAAGGGGAAACAAGUUGGUGGCCGUGUGCAGAGCUGAAAGAGGGAUUCCUGCUGCCAGCAUCAGCUGGAGUCUCACAGGAAAUUACUCCAUGAAACAGCAGAAUGACCCAGAUGGAGUUGUAACAGUAGAGAGUCAGCUGGAGGUCCCUGAAGACAUUGACCCAGAAAACCUGACCUGCAUUGUCCGCCACCAGUUUUGGGCGCGGGAGAAAACUUUCACACCCAGAUUCGGAGGUCAGAGUGUCAAUGCUGUGGAUACGUGUUGCUGUGGUUUUCAUUGUAAUCAUUUUAGGAUUACUGAUUUUUGUUUUAAGAAAACGGAGAUGUCAGCAGUGAUUCUAAAUCAAUUCAUCACCAGGAACCAUGUCAUGGCAGCCAUUUUUUUUGUGCCAGAAGGUGUUAAUAACUGUGUAAAUUUGUUGCUCAGAAGGAGCAAACAGAGUUCGCUGCAUUGUUUUGAUUUACGUUGGAUAAUAUUGGAUAUGAAGAGGAUUUGUGGAACAGAAAACACAAUCAGUGGAGCGCGAUGGAUGUUCAUGGUGACAGAAUUAGCCAACCUGGUGGCCGUGUGCCUGGUGUGAAAGACUAAUGCUGGCAUGAGAACCUGUAUCAAAAACACAGGUUCUCAUUCAUAGCAGUCGUGUCACACUAAACCUGCCCAUCAAGCAAAUCUUUGACUUAAGUACAGGCUCAGCUUCUUCACCUGUUUUCUUCAUUAAUUCUUAAAAAUGAUUUAUUUGAUGGAUAACCUCCUGCUCUUCUUUGUGUCAAUGACAGCCAUUGCACUUCAGAUGCAUGUUAUUAAAUCUUUGCUGUGUCAAUAUCUGUGAUGAUAUUUUCUGUUUACAUUCCAGUGCAACAUAUUUAGUUUCUUUCGUAGCCUCAUUAGUGAAUUGGUAUAUUAAGCAAUGACUAAAAUGUGUCACACAAACAAUGAAUAACCCUCAUUAUCAGUUUGGUAAUGAUACUUCAUCUGUAGUUUAUAAGUUUUUAGCCUUGAAACAGUCAGUAAUUAAAUAAAUAGUUUCUCUUCCUGUUCCAGCCAGGAAGAUCCAUCAGACACAAAUUUAUAUAAGCUUUUGUUUGUUUGUUUUGUUUAUUUGCUAGUAGAAGGUCUACGUGUAGGUUUAGACCUUCUACUAAAAGUUAAUUUUUAGCUUUUAUAUUAUGUUAAAGCAUCUAAUCAGAGCAUAGAGAUGUUCAGUUUGUUUUUUCAAUCAUUUUUAAGCUAAUUUCUCUCUGGCAAUUUCAUUAUUCUGUGAU